UUGCCAAGGGAGCGCAAGCGCUGCUUUCAGAACCCUCCCAGAACAGCCAGCGUAGCUUACUCAGCCCCGAACGCUCCUUGGUAGUUUUUCAACUCGCGCACUGUUCUAUAUUAAACCGAAGUAGACAUGGCUAAGUUCAAGCUCAACGACAUGCCGCAGGAGUAUUUGCAAUAUAUGCUCGACAUCAUGCACAAGGAAGGACACCACUAUUUCUAUCACGACGACGCGCAAUAUAGAGACGAGCUGGAAGUGAAAGGGCCAGACGAGUUGUUCAUAGGCUUCACUAUUCGCCUUUUCCUCUACAACAAGGACCAAUCAGGCUAUGUAAAAUUAGGGGCGGAGUGGACAAGUGGAAUUCGGCUGAAAUGGCGAAUUGUGGCCGAAUUUCGCGAAAAAGCCAUAUGGUACGAUGGAAGAACAGGUUACUAUUUGAGGGAUGCAACGGGCGCACCUCUUACUGUGCCGGACAACACCCUAUACUCGCUUGCCAUCAGAGUUAAAACGAAUGCCAUAUUUGAGGCAUUAAAGGAUGACAAGCCUUUCUACGAGAUCGACAUGGGAAACGUCGUGAACUUCGCAUGGAAUUUUCACAUCCAAGUCGUGGAUCAAGUGCUUCUUGGGAUGAGCAUCACUAGAGAGACUGCUUCGCGGCCGGAUGAUGCCUGGGGAAGAAGGUGUUGUCUAUGGGAUAUGAAGUUGCCAGUGGGAGCCAUAGGUGUUUACACAUGCGAGCUGGUGGACAACACUAAGGACAACUGGAUCGAAUUGACAGAGGAAGAGGAUAAAAAAACUACUCAUUAUUUUAACCAUGGAAACUUUCCGAAUGGUACGAUACUGCAUUACACGAUUCGCCUCUCAUUUCGGGACUACAUCGUAAGCAGCGAUUUCGACCCGGCAGUUUUUCCGCAGCAAUCCGAUAAACCGAACUACAUUAACGCAUACUUCUCAGAAGCACUGAACAUCAUCAACUUCGAUGUGGACGUACCAUACACAUAGAAGACGAGUUUACACUCUGCAUUCACUCGUUUCCAGUGUUCCCGUAAUUAGCAAAAUCUGUUUCCUCAAAUAAACGAAUACUCCUGUUUCAAUAAAGUAUUACCGCCGUUA